GGAGCCGGAAGUGGUCCCAGCACUUCCGGUAGGGGAAACUCCUAGCUGCCGCUGCGAUCCGGCUUGACAGGCGCGGUCCUUGGAAAUACCUGUCUCCCCCUUGGCCUUCCUGCCCUCCAACCUUCCGACGCGUCUGCCGCUGCCGUCCCACCACUCCUGUCCCCGAGGUCGCCCCUUCCCCAUGUUCCGGGGCAGGAGUCCUGACCGCCAAGACCCGCCCGCCGGUUCCCCAUCAUGUCCGAACUGACUAAAGAGCUGAUGGAGCUGGUGUGGGGCACCAAGAGCAGCCCCGGCCUCUCGGAUACCAUCUUCUGCCGCUGGACGCAAGGAUUUGUGUUCAGUGAAUCGGAGGGAUCUGCAUUAGAACAGUUUGAAGGUGGCCCCUGUGCCGUGAUCGCACCUGUCCAGGCAUUUCUUUUGAAGAAGCUCCUGUUUUCUUCUGAGAAGUCAUCUUGGCGGGAUUGUUCAGAGGAAGAGCAGAAGGAACUCCUUUGUCAUACCUUAUGUGCUGUUUUAGAAAGUGCUUGUUGUGACAACUCUGGAUCCUACUGCUUGGUUUCAUGGUUAAGAGGAAAGACAACUGAGGAAGCUGCUAGUAUUUCUGGGAGUCCUGCAGAGUCUAGUUGCCAAGUGGAACAGUCUUCUGCCUUGGCUGUCGAAGAGCUUGGCUUUGAGCGAUUUCAUGCAUUAAUUCAAAAAAGAUCAUUCAGAAGUUUAUCAGAAUUAAAAGAUGCCGUCUUGGACCAAUAUUCAAUGUGGGGAAACAAAUUUGGAGUAUUACUUUUUCUAUAUUCUGUGCUACUGACAAAGGGCAUUGAAAACAUAAAAAAUGAAAUUGAAGAUGCAAGUGAACCUUUGAUAGAUCCUGUGUAUGGACAUGGCAGCCAAAGUUUAAUUAACCUCCUACUGACGGGACAUGCUGUUUCUAACGUCUGGGACGGUGACAGAGAAUGCUCAGGAAUGAAACUUCUUGGUAUAAAUGAACAAGCAGACGUAGGAUUCUUAACACUAAUGGAAGCUUUAAGAUACUGUAAGGUUGGUUCUUACUUGAAAUCUCCAAAAUUCCCUAUUUGGAUUGUUGGCAGUGAAACUCACCUCACCGUGUUUUUUGCCAAGGAUAUGGCUUUAGUUGCCCCUGAAGCUCCUUCAGAACAAGCUAGGAGAGUUUUUCAAACCUAUGACCCAGAAGAUAAUGGAUUCAUACCAGAUUCACUUCUGGAAGACGUGAUGAAAGCAUUGGACCUUGUUUCAGAUCCUGAAUAUAUAAAUCUCAUGAAGAAUAAAUUAGAUCCAGAAGGAUUAGGAAUCAUAUUAUUGGGUCCAUUUCUUCAAGAAUUUUUUCCUGAUCAGGGAUCCAGUGGUCCAGAGUCUUUUACUGUCUACCACUACAAUGGAUUGAAGCAAUCAAAUUAUAAUGAAAAGGUCAUGUAUGUAGAAGGGACAGCCGUUGUCAUGGGCUUUGAAGACCCCAUGCUUCAGACAGAUGACACUCCUAUUAAACGCUGCCUCCAAACCAAAUGGCCCUACAUCGAACUACUCUGGACCACAGAUCGCUCUCCUUCGCUGAACUAAUUUGCCUAAGUAUUGACAAGGAAGAUCUCAAUAACAGAUGUUGAAAGAAAAAUUCAAGACUAGCAAUUGGCUAACUUAAACGAAACACUGAUAUCAUUACUGUAAAUAAUAAUUAAAAACACGUUUUCAGUGUCUAAGCUAUGUUUAAAUUAUUUGUUCUAAAGCUUUAUGUUAAAGGUUAUCUUAUUUUAACCCUUUGUGUGAAAUUUACUAGCAAAAUUAAGCUUUAAUCAAAUUUCAUCACUUAUUGGUCAUUUAGCACAUUACAAAUAUAAUACCUACAGCAUUUAUAUACUGAGUAUCAAAGUUCCUAUUUAUAAACUUCCACUUUGGGGUUUUAUAUCAGCUUCCACACCAAAAUGCAGAAGAGUUGUUAUUUCUUGUCUAAAAUAUGUUUGGCCCCAGAUCCUUUGGCAAUUGACUUAACUCUGGCAUGUUUACAAAAAGUAGAACUAUUAAGGACCAUUACCACAUAUUCACAGAUGUAUAGGGGAUGUAUUUUUUAAAACGCUAGAAAACAGAAUCUGAUAGUCUUAACACUGUUAACUUUUACUGUAUUGCCAAAUACACUUUUCCAAAUUUGUCCCAAAGCCCUGUAAGCCAGCUUUCUUGUAUAUUUAUAAAUGUGCUGAAUGCAUGAGAACAUCUGUUAUUACAUUAGUAUAUUGUAUUAUUUAUUAUGAUCCUAGUCAAUGGCCUAAAUAAACACUGUUUUUCCUU